GGAAACAAACUUUGUCUUGUGCGCGAUAUCGAACGAUUCAAACUCUUUCUUUGUCUUUUCAAUUAUCAAAUCGUUACUGUUCAACAUCACAAUUUUGUGAAUAAGGAGAUAUUUUUCUCAAAUUAAAAAGAUGAAUAGUUAUAAAAUUUCCGCACCGGGCACAAUCAUUUUAACCGGAGAGCACUCGGCGGCGUUUGGUCGAACCUUAAUAAUAGCCAGCUUAGAUUGUCGUACCAAACUCGAAUUCUACGAACUGUCUGCAGAAACACGACGCAUUGAGAUAGAGUUCUUUGAUGUUAAUCUAGAGACUACUAUACCAUUACGAAUUAUUAAUAACUUUGUUAGAAGAAGACUUUCAAGUCUACAACAACUUCAAUACGUGAAAUUCUUAAUUACUGCAAACUGUAUAUGGAGGACUUACGCCCAAAGAAAUUCUUUAGAAAUAUUCUUAAUCGUGUUUUAUAUUGUUAUGGCUGAGGAGUUUGGUCCUGUCAGCAAUGAUGUCCCACCAUUUCGCGUGACGGUGUCCACGGAAAUACCCAUGUGCGCCGGUUUUGGCAGUUCGACAUCUUUCACGGUAUGUCUUGUAGCGUGCUUUCUUCAUUGGCAGUUUCUACGAGGUGUUUAUCGUUUUAAUAAUGAAAAUGAGUUUUGUAAUAAAAUUGUGCGUAUUGCUCAAAGAAUCGAGGGUUUCAUGCAAAACAAUGAGUUUGCGACGCCCUAUAUCGCAGUUUGUGUGUACGGCGGAAUAUCAAAAUGGCGAUUAAACAAUUAUUUGAUCGAUGAUCAGCAUACGGUUGUCCACACUUGUCUAGAACCAAUGAAAAUCCUAUUGAUCGAUUCAAAUAAUCGCCAGACGAAGCAUAGACAAGUAAAAAAAAUGAUACAACUGAAAUCUGAAUCUCUUGGUAAUUUUUAUUUUAUAUUACGUAAAUUAAAUUUGUAUGCAGAAAAAAUGUUUGAAUGCUUUGAAUUAAUAACUUCCGCCACUGGAAUAGACAACAAAACUCAACAAGAAAAUUGUUAUAAUGCUUUAAAGAAAUACAUUUGUGAAACUCAAGAAUUAUUGACGGAAAAUGAAUUGUCGAGUGAAGCAUUCGAUAACAUUGCCAGCACUGCAACAAAUAUGGAAUACGCGGCAAAGCUUACAGGUUUUGGACCUAGAUAUACAUAUAUUUUGCUACCACCGUACCUUAGAGACGAUGAAAUUGAAACAAUUACGACACAGUUUCAAGAUCAGAACUUCGUUGUUACACAAACUACCAUCAAUGGUGAGGGAGUGAGACUUGAUGAUUGAUUUUCUAAUAAAAUUAUCGCGAUUAUUAUUUAAAUGAUUAAAUAA